CUAUCCCCACCGUCUUCAACGGCGGCCCUCCUCUUACAGUCGUAUUGGGUGGGGUGCCUGCCACGUCGACUUCCUCACGUCCACAUCAUAUCGUCUCGAAGAAAAAACCUCACUGUCCUUUCGUCGCUCGUCCUCUAGUCUCCGUCACGUCCACUACCACGCCCCCUAUUGUCACGACUCGCCUUGCCACCCAUCAACUCCACCGAAACGCCAGCAUGUCUGCAUUCAGUCGCGCAGGUUCAUCAGCGCCAUCAGACAUGCUCUCUCCAUCAGCUUCGUCGCCCUCUUCAUCAUCCUCGACGCCAAACAAGAAGCCCAUGGAUCCAGCGCGGCAGGCCCGCCUCGCAGCACGCCAAGUGCGCAACCGCCAAUCCGCCCAGAACUCUCGCAAUCGCAAGAAGGCAGAGCGAGAACAGCUCGAGACCGAAGUCGUCGAGCUGCGUCAACGCAAUCUUGAGCUCGAGGGUAGGGUCAGCGACAUGGGCAAGGAGCUCAGCGCUCUCAUGGACGUCGUCAAGAUCCUCAUGAAGUCGCAGCCAACGACCGACGCCGACCAGCCGUCAACUUCACAAGCAGCAUCAGUACCAGCAGCCAGCGUCGAAGCGCUCGCCGACCCUUUGAGCCCUCAAGCUUUCGUCCAACAUCUGGCUCGGUCGCCCUUCCUCUCUGACCUCUCAUCUAUUGCCUCCCACUCCUCCGCCCCAUCCCUCCCGACGACCCUCCUCUCGUCCUCUCCUUCCUCCUUCUCUUCUUCCUCCUCCGCCGACAUCCGUCGCUCCUCCCUCUCUCAUCCUCCCGUCUCUCACCGAGUCUCCCUCGCACAAAAGCCAAGACGUUCGCCAUCCAACAGCGAUGGCGACUUCCCUACAGCGGACGUCGCAGGCUUGCGAGGUGGACGAGGUGGGCGUAAGAGGAGAAGAGUUGAGGCAGAGACCUGUCAUCAAGGCAGCAGCAUCAUUGAGCAGCUUUCAGCGUACGAGGGAGCAGCAGCAGCAGCGGGCGGGACUGGGAGUGGAGCAGGGGCGCAGGGAGAAGAGGCAGAGGUGUCGGUCGUUGGGGAGGAUGCAGUCGCGCGAGUCGUCGGGCAGGUUGGUGGGUGUGAGGGGUCAGCCGCAGAUGAAGUGGCUGAGAGGCAGGGAGGCAAACAGGGCUGCACGAUCCAAGGCGACAGCAAUGGCAGCAGCUACGGCGCAGACGACAUGGGCGAAGCCAAUCACAGCCUUGCCGGUCAGCUACUCGCAGUCAUCUUUGGCGAGCGCAACCUCGAGGCGGCUCAGAGUCAGGGUCGUCUUUCGGCCCCGGCCCAGGCGAUGCUGACGGGGAAAAAUGACGAAAUCAAGGCAGAGGAGCAAGGUCAGGGCGGUGUACAGGCAGUCUUCGACUUUGGAUUGAGGCAGACACAGCAGGACGUGGCUCUGACACCUCCAAGCGUCGAGGAGCAAGACGAGAUCAUGGCCAGCAUCUUUAACAUGGCAGAUGCGACGGCGGCGGGCAGCAACAGCGAGGCUAGCACCGCGGCAGAGUACCAUCAGAGUGACGAUCUGAGCGUCACGAGCGCCAGUCCUUCGACGACGGCAUGGGACUACGAGGCUCUCGGCCUGGACCUCGGCCUGGACCUGAGCGUCGACAUUGACGUGCCUCACAACAAGUUGCUCACCAGCGACAAGCCGCAGGAAGGACCGGACGAUAGCCUACCUGGUCUUGACAACUUCUUCCUGUCCAACUUCAUCAAGAGCGAGCCUGUCUCGUCGUCGUAG